UUUAGAGAGCUUUAAGGUUAAUGAUCGGAGCCCGAGAGGAUCAGUGAUCGGAGAUUCUAAGUUCUGUGGGCAGUAAUAGUUUGGGUACUGGAAUUGGUGAUUGUGGAAACUUUGGGGUUCAGUUGUGAGGGGGGUCAGUGGUGAUGAAUGUUUGGAGAAAUCUUUUGGGCCAUCGGUGAUGGAGACUUACUUCAUAUCAUCGGUGGAGGAUCGGAGAGUAUUAACGAUUGGACUUUUGUAGAUCAGGGAAUGGAGAAUAGAGUCAAGUGUGCUUAUCUUAAAGGUUCUUUCUGGCAAAAGUAAUGACAUACGCAUCUGUGACAGCAUCCCAAGAGUGAGCCGGGUUUCUAGAAAUCCAUUCUGACUCCGUGACUGCAGGGAUGGAUGUGACCUUGCCCGUGGUUAGAAAACAAAUUUACUGAGUGUCAGAUCUUUUUCCAAGAACAGCAGAAAAUGAUCGAAUACCAGAUACCUGUGUCAUUCAAAGAUGUGGUUGUGGGCUUCACCCAAGAGGAGUGGCACCAGCUGAGUCCUGCUCAGAGGGCCCUGUACCGGGAUGUGAUGCUGGAAACCUAUAGCAACCUCGUCUCAGUGGGUUAUGAAGGCACCAAACCAGAUGUGAUCCUCAGGCUGGAGCAGGAAGAAGCACCAUGGAUUGGUGAGGCAGCAUGCCUGGGCUGCCACUGUUGGGAAGACAUCUGGCGAGUUAAUAUCCAGAGGAAAAGACGGCAAGACAUGCUUUUGAGGCAAGGCACAGCCAUAAGCAAGAAAACAUUGCCCAAGGAAAAAAGCCGUGAAUAUAAUAAGUUUGGGAAAAUAUCACUUCUGAGCACUGAUCUUUUUUCUUCAAUCCAGAGCCCUAAUAACUGGAACCCUUGUGGAAAGAAUUUGUACCAUAAUUUAGACUUGAUUGGUUUUAAGAGAAACUGUACAAAAAAGCAAGAUGAGUGUUAUGGUUAUAGGAAAUUGCUUCAGCGUAUAAACCAUGGCAGACGACCUGAUGGAGAAAAGCCCCAGCGUUGCAGUCACUGUGAGAAAGCUUUCACCCAGAGCCCAGCACUUACGUAUAAACCAGCAGUAAGUGAUUCUCUCGUGUACAAACGGAAGAGGGUUCCACCUACAGAAAAACCCCACGUCUGUAGUGAGUGUGGGAAAGCCUUCUGCUACAAGUCUGAAUUCAUUAGGCAUCAGAGAAGUCACACUGGGGAGAAGCCUUAUGGCUGCACUGACUGUGGGAAAGCCUUUUCACAUAAGUCAACCCUCAUCAAACACCAGAGAAUUCACACUGGGGUAAGACCCUUUGAAUGUUUUUUUUGUGGGAAAGCCUUUACCCAGAAGUCACACCGCACAGAACAUCAGAGAACACACACAGGAGAGAGACCCUUUGUCUGCAGUGAAUGUGGGAAAUCGUUUGGUGAGAAGUCAUACCUCAAUGUACAUCGAAAAAUGCACACAGGAGAAAGACCCUAUCAUUGCAGAGAAUGUGGAAAAUCCUUCAGCCAGAAGUCAUGCCUCAAUAAACAUUGGAGAACUCACACAGGAGAGAAGCCCUAUGGGUGCAAUGAAUGUGGGAAAGCUUUCUACCAGAAGCCAAACCUCAGCAGACAUCAGAAAAUUCAUGCUCGGAAGAAUGCCUACAGGAAUGAAAACAUAAUAAUUGUGGGAAAUACUUGAGCAAAAUAUCUGGUUUCAUGGUAUGUAGGGAAUUCUUUUUUUUUUUUUUUUUUUUGAGUUGGAAUCUCGCUUUGUCACCCAGGCUGGAGUGCAGUGGUGUGAUCUUGGCUCACUGCAAGCUCUGCCUCCCGGGUUCACGCCAUUCUCCUGCCUCAGCCUCCCGAGUAGCUGGGACUACAGGUGCCCGCCACCAUGCCCGGCUAAUUUUUUUUUUUUUUUGUAUUUUUAGUAGAGACAGGGUUUCACCGUGUUAGCCAGGAUGGUCUCAAUCUCCUGACCUUGUGAUCUGCCCACCUUGUCCUCCCAAAGUGCUGGGAUUACAGGCGUGAGCCACCGUGCCUGGCCAGUAUGCAGGGAAUUUAUCCUUAGGAGAAAUCUUAUCAUUUUAAUGAAUUUGAACAGUGUGUUUUUUAUUUUAUUUAUUUAUUUUUUUUGAGUUGGAUUCUCUGUUUCCCAGGCUGGAGUGCAAUGGCACUAUCUCGGCUCACUGUAAUCUCUGCCUCCCAGGUUCAAGCAAUUCUCCUGCCUCAGCCUCCCAAGUAGCUGGGAUUACAGGCACCUGCCACCACGCCUGGCUGUUUUUUGUAUUUUUAGUAGAGAUGAGGUUUCACCAUGUUGGUCAGGCUGGUCUCUUUGGCUAGGCUGGUCUCGAACUCCUGACCUCAUGAUCCGCCCCCCCUUGGCCUCCCGAAGUGUUGGGAUUACAGGUGUGAGCCCAUGCGCCCCACUGACAGUGUUUUAUCAUAAUGGAAAUCAUGAUCUAAUUGUGAUACAAACUUUUCUAGAAAAUACUUUAUAAAACAUAAGCAUGGUCACCCUGGCAUGUAAACGUUUAAAAAUGUAUUAAAUGGAAUAACAGCAGAAUACAAAAUAUCUGUGAAGAGACUUAAAGGCAUACUCUGGUAUAUUCCACAGUGAGCCAUACAAUCAUUACUAUUUGUAUUUUGGAGUUGUAAAUGUGAAAUUAACAUAAAAUGUGAAUAUCAGACACAUGUCACACAACAUAGAGAAUGCCAUUCGGAAAACUUUUCCACUUUAAAUAUCAUCAUUGUCUUUUGAUGUCUUAACAAUACAAAAAAAUAACAACAACGACAUGGCCCACUAUUGUUAAAGGAACUUUAUUAUACCAGCUACAUUUUUCCACCUUUUUGUAAUACAUGUAAAUGGCUAUAGAGGUUGUUAUUGCCCUCUGCAGAAAUAAUAAAGCAGUGUUUUUAAAUGUAUUUUGAUAAUUUGGCCAAAAAUUUUACUAAAAUGUAGUUAUUUAUAUUAAAAAUGCAAGCUAAGGAAUAGUUUAAGAACCUGAUAUUGGGUAAAUGAAACACUGUAAACUAUUUGACAAAAUGUAGUGUCACCCUGGUAUACAGUACACUGUUCAUAUUUUCUUAGUCUUGCUUAAAAUAUCUUGUAGCAAAUGAGUAGCAUAGAUACACUAUUCUAGAUACACUAUUCUAUAUACAGGUUGUAUAACUCAGAAAUGUUUCAUGCAUAGACCACUGAAGGAGAAUUUCUUUUCUCUCUAUCCCUCUGCAAAUUAAUUCAAGAAUAUUCAUUUUUUUCAUAUAAAUUUCCUUGCAAGUGUCCUGGACACUAAAUCCCAAGGUUUUCAUUAUUUCAAUGUUUGGACAGAAGUCUGCUUCCCUGAGUUGCUGUGUCAUCCAUAUAAGAAAAGAAAUGGCCACGUGGAAUCUACGUUUUUCCGAGAUUUCCCUCCAUGUAAGACUGCCUGAUCCAGAAUGAGAAAGGAGACAUAACCACAGAUAUUGAUAUGAUUUUUUAAGUGAUAAAAAGAUACCUCAUACAACUCUAAUCAACAUAUUUUUUAAACAGAUGAGGCAGAUGCUUUUCUAAAAAACUUUAAGUUAUGAAAACUGCAAUAAGAAGUAGAAAACUUGGUAGAAUAAUUACCAUUGAAAAAGUCAAAAAAGCUAUUGAAGAUCUAUAAUGGGAAAAUGCUCCAGGCUCAGAAGAGUUCAUGCUUAGUUCUAUCUAUCUUUUAAAGAAAGAGUAAUACCAGUGUUAUUUAUUAUAUGGAUAUAAUGCAAUCCAUAAACUGUACUCAUUUAUUUUAUUAAGUGAGAAUAAGUUUUAACACCAAAAUCAAUUACAGAUAGUUGAAAAAAAGAAAACUUCUGCUGGGCGCAGUGGCUCACACCUGUAAUCCCAACACUUUGGGAGGCCGAGGCAGGUGGAUCAUGAGGUCAGGAGUUCGAGAUGGUGAAACCCCAUCUCUACUAAAAAUACAAAAAUUAGCCGGGUGUGGUGGCGCACACCUGUAGUCCCAGCUACUUGGGAGGUUGAGGCAUGAGGCAGGAGAAUUGCUUGUACCCGGGAGGUAGAGGUUGCAGUGAGCCGAGAUCGUGCCAUCCAGCCUGGGUGACGAGCGAAACUCCGUCAAAAAAAAAAAAAAAAAAAGAAA